ACGUCACUGUGUUUAUGAGCAGACUCGCGCGUUAGCUACAGGCAGCAGCUGUUUUCACUUUGUGGAGGUAACACUGAUUCAAAACGUAAUCAUUAUAAUCAUAUAUUUUACAUAUUGGUUUUUGUUUUUCCAUGCACUUGUGUUUAAGAAGAUCGAGAGCCAUCUCAUCUCGGUGUGGCAUCACCCGGUCUGGGUGAAAUGUCCUUUAGUUCCACAUGAGCUCUACUAUGUGGUACAUCAUGCAGAGUAUUCAAAGCAAAUACUCACUGUCAGAAAGACUCAUUCGAACUAUAGCAGCUAUUCGUUCUUUUCCACAUGAUAAUGUGGAAGACCUCAUACGAAGGGGGGCGGAUGUGAACAGGAUGCAUGGUACAUUGAAGCCCCUGCACUGUGCCUGCAUGGUGGCAGAUGCUGAUUGUGUGGAGCUUUUGCUGGAGAAAGGCGCCGAGGUAAACGCUUUGGAUGGUUAUAACCGCACCGCCUUGCAUUAUGCAGCAGAGAAGGAUGAGGGUUGCGUGGAGCUCUUACUAGAAUACGGGGCCCAACCCAAUGCACUGGAUGGCAACAAGGAUACCCCACUGCACUGGGCCGCCUUCAAAGAUAACCCCGAGUGCGUACGUGCACUGUUGGAGAGCGGCGCCUGCCCCAAUGUUCGUGAUUAUAAUAACGACACGCCCCUCAGUUGGGCUGCAAUGAAGGGCAACCUGGAGAGUGUGCGUGUGUUGCUGGAGUACGGAGCUCAAGUCCAUGUCAUCAACUUAAAGGGCCAGACGCCGAUAUCACGGCUGGUGGCUCUGUUGGCUCGUGGCUUGGGAACAGAGCAGGAGGAAGAGUGUCUGGAGCUGCUAUGCCGUGCCGCCGGGAGGUUCGAGAUACGCAGGCCAGACGGCUCUUUACCACGUGAGCUCAGUAAAGAUCCUCAGUUACUGGCUCGACUCACUAGCCUGGUGGCUCAGCCACCUUCGUUACGAGCGUUGGCGCGGUGCGCUGUGCGUAAUAGCCUGGGAGUGCAAUUCCUCCCAACUGCGGUGAAACAACUCCCCCUACCAGAAUCAGUGAAAGAAUAUGUGCUCCUCAGAGACUGAGGGCAGGGUUAGGUGGGGGAGUGAGAAGACUGGACAUGGGGGAGGUAGAUGUUAUCUGUGUAUGUGAACAUGUGAUUCUGCAAUCUGAAAUGUGUAUGUCUAUAUACAGUGAGUGAAUAAGUUGGCCAUUUUCUUUGUUGUUGUCAUUGAACAAAUUUAGGGUUGCAUUAUAAUUAUGAUGAGCUUUGACAAAAAAAUCAUUUUGAUUUAGGUACAGUAACAGCACGGAAAUGUCAGUAAUGCAUCUGCUGAACCCAUGUUGUUUAAAAUUGUUCUCAAACCACUAUAGGUAAAAAUGAAAUCUUUACAAAAACAAACCAUUUUGAAAUAUUAUCUACCAGUAAGUCAUAUAAAAACAACUUUUAAAGAUUAACAUUGCACUUAAGUUAUACUACAUUACAUUUUUUUACUUAAAAGAAAGUGGUUUUUAUGUUUGCAGUAGGAUUUGAUUAUUAUUAUUAUUAUUUUUAAAGAUAUUAAGUUUUUAAGUCAAAUAAAUAACUUAUGUUAAAUCUCUAUAUUAUAUAAUUUUAGGAAGUUUUCUUUUUUGGAAAGCUUAGGAAACUCACAAAGUCACAUAUUUGUGGUAAGUGCACAAAACAACUAUAAAUGCCUAUUACUACCAGUGUCUAUUACUGUUCACAUGUCACUUUCAUAAACUAGUUUAUCAUGAGUAGUUUUCAUGAAUACUACUGUUUACUACCUGAUUUAGUUUGUUGGAGUGUAUUAUAUAUCUUUAAUUUUGGUGCUGAUGAUUGCAUAAAAUCAGUUGUGGUUUUAGGUUUGAAAGAUGAAUGGAAUAAAUAUAGCAGACCUUUUUGUGUCAACAUUGAGAUCGAGAUUGUUUUAGCUUGACAAAGUCUUUAACCUGUGGUUUGUCAUGUUAGCAUGGUCAUUUUACAUUUUAGCAGACCAUCAACAGGAUGUCUUAAUACUUGCCACAUCUUGUGAAACCCAAGAGAGUUUGCAGGCCUGUUUUUUAUUUCUGUUAUAUUGAACUAUGUAGUGCUUACUGAACUGGUUGGUUUUGUGCAUGCAGACUAACAAGUAAAAGCCACCCGGCAUUGUUCACGUG